AUGGCGGAGCUGCACAGUUUCCAUAUAUUCUUUCGCCAGCGCUGCAUACACCGCUACCUUUGCAGCGACGCGGUGGUCACUGCGGUGAAGAGGUGUAUGACGUUGGACAACGCACGCGACAAGUCGUCAUCGGCGAAGGGCGCGGAAAGGCCGGCAACCGACAGCGCGGCCGUGGCAGACGAGCUUGCGGAGUAUAACCAUCAUUACGAGAAGCUCCUUGUCGGUUUCAUGGCCGGCCUGAGCUCCUUCUGCAAGACCAUCCACGUGACCAACGAGUUGGAGCGGCCGAACGGACUUUCCGUGUCGUAUUUUAACGUCUGCGCCACGUCCACAUUCAAAAUCCACUACUUCGAGACCAUCACCGGGUACAAGCUUGUCUGCAUCACGUCGCCCGAAGUGGCCAACCUGGAGUUGACGAUGAGCGCCAUAUACACUGACCUGCUCGUCACCAUGGUGCUCUCUAACCCGCUGUACACCGUCGGAGGCGUGAUAGAUUGCCCUGAGUUUGAAGAUAUAGUGGCCAAGACCCUGCGCGCCAACAUGUAA